GUAUUCCCAGUUUCUUCCCCAGUCCAAUAUCUCCUCCUCUCUCCCCUCCUUCCUCCUCCUCUCCUCCUCUCCUCCUCCGAUGGAAUCGUUGAUGGUGAACUACGCCUCGUCGGACGAAGACGAAGAAGACCGUCGCGACGAACCCCAACCUCACCCGCCCUCUCGCCCCCCCUUCUCUUCUCUUCCUCCUCCGAAAUCAUCGUCCUCCUCCUCCUCCGCUUCUCUCUUCUCCUCCCUCCCCCAACCCAAGCAAACCCUAACUUCUCCUACUGCUGGCCCCGACGCCAAAGCCGUUCGCUCCGAUGAAGGAAGCUCGCGGCCUCCCGCUCCGGUCGCCUCCGGAUCCUCCUCCUCCUCCUCCAGGCUCUUCUCUUCGCUCCCCCAGCCGAAGCAGCGACCGCCGUCGGAGCUUCCUCCGGCGGGCGCGAACGCCGGCGCGAAGCGGAUCGUCCAGUUCAGGCCUCCCGUUCUCCCUUCGCUCGCGAACCCUAGCGCAAUCGACGAUGACGAGGAAGAAGAUGACGAGGGUGAGAAGGAGAAGGAGCGCAAGCGGAGGCGCGAAUCUGAGUCCGCGGCUCAGACUUCCUCCGUCAUGUCCUUCCUCUCGAGCAUCCCUGCGCCGCGGAACUCGUCCACUUUGGGCGCCCUUCCUACCGCCGGUUCUGGCAGGAGAUCGGUCAUUGAGACCGAUACCCCUGCUGUGGGUUCUACUGGCUUGGAAUCGAGCAAUGGCGGUAAUGAUCAAAACGUCGGUAAUAAUAGUACUUACGGGACUUACGAUUCAGGGAUUGAUCAAAAUGGGGGGGCUUAUGAGUAUCACGAGGUUUAUGGAAGUUAUGAAGGUGGCUAUAAUCAGAAUGCUAGCGGGAGUGAUUCCUCAUACUACGGAGGAUACGUGAACUAUGGUAAUUAUGGGGAGUAUGGAAAUUAUGCGAAUCAUUCAGAUUAUGCAACUGCGGCAUCCACUGGGGUGGUGCAGGGGAUGAGCGACAGGGGAGCGACAGUUUCAGGGAAGAGAGGGAGGAAUGAAGUUCCAGCGGAAAUAGUGGAGGUGAAGCAGGACGAGUUGAUGAAGAAUCGACCUAGGCAGGACCAAGCGAAAUUGACUGGGAUUGCUUUUGGACCUUCUUAUCAGCCUGCUUCAACAAAGGGGAAGCCUACCAAACUGCAUAAGAGGAAGCAUCAGAUUGGUUCUCUGUACUUUGAUAUGAGGCAGAAGGAGAUGGAGCUUGCAGAACGGCGUGCAAAAGGCUUUCUUACAAAGGCUCAAACGCAAGCAAAGUAUGGAUGGUAAUAUGUGGAAGGUGGAAGAUGAGCUUCCAUGUGAAGAAAGUAUUAGUUGGGCAAUGUUUAAGUUCGUCAGAGUUGCUGUGUUGGAUGCCGUUGCUGAGAUAGGAGGAUGGCGAAAGUGGUUGGCAACUUGGCGGAAGACGUUGACUGACGGGGCCCUCGUAGGAAACGACGGGCCUUGUAGCUUUUCUGGGCGAGAUAUUGUGUUCUGAGCCUGUGCCCUACUUCCCUGUACGUGUCCAAAUGGCUAGAAGUUGACCGUUUGGCGUAUGAUUUGGAUAUAUUUAUUUAUUUAUUUU